AUGUCUGCAGAGAAAGAGGUAUACAACCUUAACCAUGAUUGGAACAAUGAGAUCAAGCGGCUCAAGAUACAACACGACUUCUUCAGAGAGAUGGCUGGGGGAAAGGACCUUCCAGCUGUCGUGUGGUCUUACGUCAAGGAGUUAGAAGCCCCCAAAAUCGCAGAUGUUGGCACGGGUACCGGAAUCUGGGCUACCGAGCUGGCCUCCCAGCUGCCGGAAACAGCUGUAGUCGAUGGUUACGAUUUCGACGUGAACAAGUUUCCGGAUCCCAAGACGUUACCACAGAAUGUCACUUUAAGGUUCGGCGACAUCUUCAAGCCCUUCCCACAAGAGAUCAUCGGUAAAUAUGACGUGGUACACGUGCGAUUCCUCGUCUUUGCACUAAAGAAAGACGACUGGCUCGUGGCAGUGAAGAAUCUAAGAAAGUUAAUCGCCCCCGGCGGCUUUCUCUUCUGGGAAGAGACCGGCCCCUACAGUUGGACUUGCUCUCCAUGGAGUGAAGCUUACUACGAAUGGGUCAAGCUCGAAUCUGAAGUGGGAAACCAGCUCGGCCGAGAUCCUUUGGCCCCAGUUCGACUUCCUUCCCAGUUCAAAGAAGCUGGGCUUGCCAAUAUUGAUGAGAACAUUUUUGCUAUGUUGCGAUUGUCAAGCACUACCCCCGUGGAUCGACAACCUGGGUUGCUCAUCAUGGCACAAUCUCUUACUGGCCUGGUGGAAAACGGGGUCUUGGAGGGCAAGUAUACCAAAGAGGAUGUACGGAAACUAGUUGAAAGAGCUAGUGAAGACGUUCAGAAUGGAACGGCGCUCAGCGCGAACUUCCACUGGACCUGGGGACGAAACAAUGUCUAG